CAGCAUGGGUCUCACAUCUUAUCGCUGCUGCUAGAGCGUGUUUAUGGACUGGACUGACCCGAGAAAAUGUCACUGAAGAGAGAAUGUUUGGUUCUGCUCGUCUUGUCGUGGGUCAGUUCCGUGCGCGCUCAGGAUGAGAACCGCGUGAUGUUUUCUCUGGGAACCUUCCAGAACGUGAGUGUCCCAGUGAACGGGACGGUUCAAGCUGUCAUUUCCCGGAUCCCUGCUGCCGUUUCCUUCUUGACCCUGCAGUUUCAUACGCAUCAAAGCAAUGUUACGCUCUCAUAUACACCAAUCCCACUUUAUGGUUUUUCGGUCACGGCAGCAGAUGCCGGUCUGUUAUCCACCCUGACACCGAGUCAGACCACCAUCUCCUGGUUCCUGAAGACACCCGACGGACGCAGCGCAGCAGGAAUUGGUGUGAUUCUGCCAUACACCAGCACCGAUCCUGUUCCUGGAGCCUGUAAUCAGGAAUUCCCGCUGGAGAUUGAUCCAAACAUCUAUCUGCAAUACAACCUGUUUGAGACCAUGAUUACCUUUGCACCUGCUAACAUCGGAUAUGGGAGAGGGGAGACUCCACCAGCGUGUGAUGUGGACGUGGGCUCCAGCACUCGUUGGCGAUUGGUGUAUGAGGUGUAUCAGUACUUCCUGCCGGAGGGUGACCUGUCGGAGCAGAGUCUGAUCAGUAGUUUGGAGAGAGUGGCCAAUGUGCAGAACGUGCAGGACAACAGCAGAAAGGUGAUGUCUUUAACCUCUCAUGACCGGACGCAGUUCUCCUUCAGCUCUCUUCCCGGUCAGGGCGUGAUUUUCUCUGUGAUUGUGAGAGAUCCGGUGUUGAACACAUCGGCGUCCUACAUCCCUGUCCACACAUACGCCUGCAGCUUCAACUCCACGCUGGACGGAUGCAGCGAUUUAGGGAGAGCGUCUACUAAAGUGUUUUUUACUCUGAUUGGUUUGGCGGGGCUGUUUGUGUGUUUUGUGGGACAUCGCUUCUUCAAAUGUGAGCUGUUCUGUAUGGGCUUCAUCUUUACUGCGUUUAUAUUCUUUGUGGUGAUCACCAUAACCACACCACUGGAAUACAACAUUCGAUUGGCCCUGACAGCGCUGAUAGGUGUGGUCGGAGGCGUCGUCAUGGUGAUGAGCUGGUGGCGGUUCGGUUCGGUCAUGGCCUGCGUGUUGGUGAUCGGACUCAUUCUUGGAUUUCUCAUAUCAUCCAUCGUCUUUUUCACUCCACUUGGCGAUCUUCCUAUAUUCCAUAAUGAUGUGGUGUUCUGGGUGGUGUUUGCUUGCAUUAUGGUGUUUGUUCCUUUGUUCUUUAUCAGGUGGCCUAGAGAGGGCAAUAUAAUUACAUGUGGAGUAGUUGGAGCGUAUACAGUGGUCCUGGCUGUCAAUGCCUACACCUACACCAGUCUGUCCUACAUUACACUGGACGUCCUCAAACGCCUGCUCAACCACAACUUCAGUCGAGCGUUUAUCUCUGUACCACUGCAGGAUAUCGAUUUCAUCGUGAUCACUGUGUGGGUUGUUCUGGGGGUUUCGGGGAUCGUUGUGCAGCUGUAUCGGGAGAGGUCACGGCCGUUUUUCCCACCGAGUCCAUACGUGAUGUGGAAGCAAGAACGAGAGCGCAGGAAGACCAACGUUCUGGAUCCAAGCCAUCACAAGCCAUCUUUAUCGGCCCGAAUCCUCGGACGUAUUCGCCAGCUCACACAACGGGCAGAACCAGCGGGCGAAACCACGCCUCUACUGCUUUAGUCUGUGACUUUUGACUUGAAGUCAUUUCACUGUUAGCCCUCUCCUCCAGAACAUGGCUGCUCAAACUUGUGGAAACCUAAAGAGGAUUGAGCUUGACAGCCGAUGGAGGUUAAAAGAACCGCUCACAAACUGUGAGGCUGACCAUGUGCACUUUUGUGUGUGUUUUUGCGUAGGUUCCCAGCAGUGCUUGAUCCUAUUGCUGUUUAUUUUAGCAGCUUAGAGGAAACGUUCAGUGGAGAUUAUUUUUAAUGUUUUUAAUACGUCUGGUUAGUACAUGAGCGAGUGAGCGAUUUUUAAAGAUUCACCAUUUAAACUGAAUGUAUAACACUCUGCAAUUUGCAGACCAAAUGAACCGGUGUUCAUAAGUAGCCACUGUAAGCCUCUACGGCUGAUGUUUGAGUGUCUUGUGUGUCCAAGUGAGCAUGUGUGAGUCUCAGCGGAUCCUCACCAAGCUUUGGAAAUAAUGAGCUUAUUUUGAGUGUUCCUGUGGGAAUUUGACCGCUGCUUCAACACACUUGUAAUGAGGGUUUUAAAUGCAGUGUGAGAAAAAUAUUUAGAAUCUGUGGCGUUUAAAUGUUUUUCAGUCAUUUUCUGCGCUUCGUAACUGGAUAUGUAGCUCUUAUGGAGGCAAAAAACCAAGAUCGACCUUUUGACAGACAAAAUCAGUAGUAUUGCAUUAUUCAUCGAUACGCUUCUGGUUUCCUCUCAGGGUUUCUUUUUGCGAUCUGCGUGUCUCUCAGAAGUUUUUCUAAAGCAUUUAUAACGUGCAAUUAUGUUUUUAAGUGUUAGCAGUACGCAUUAUUUCUGUUUUGUAUAAACUUUAAAUGAUUGUCUAAAUAAUUCAAUGUUUAAUAAAGUUGUCAUUUGUGCCAUACCA